GGACAGAUCAUCGUUAAAAGUUGCUAAAAAAAAAUAAAGUCUAAAAUGUCGUUAAAGCUGUUUUCCUGCCUUUUUGUGCUCACCCUGGCUCUUAUUGCCUGUGAAGGACAACCCCAAUACAAUCCUUAUUUGAGGAACCCUUACUACAGGGAUCUGUACUACAGAAAUCGUGAUCUUUACAAUCUGCGUCGCUUCUAUGAUGGCUUCUAUAAGAAAUACAAUCCCUAUAUAGCCGCUGCUCAGGCCAGAAUUGUGGAGCAGAAGAAUGAUGUGAACUAUGGUGCUGGUUCGUAUGCCUAUAACUAUGAGACGGAGAAUGGCAUCCAUGGCGAGGAGCGUGGAGUGCCAGUGAACAUUGGUAACCAACAGCAGGAGGAGCAAGUGGAGGGUGCCUACUCCUUUAUCACACCCGAGGGUCUGCGAGUGGGAGUCAAGUAUCUAGCUGAUGCUAAUGGUUUCCGUCCUGUAAUCACUUAUGACGGAGCUAACUCUGCUUUCUAUGCCAGUCAGCCAGCUCCAGCCAAUGUGGUCUUAACUAAGCAUUGAGAUUGAGUUUAGUUCGCCUCCUAUCCCUAAUUCAAAAUGUGUCUUCAGCCUUCUUUAAAUAAAAAUAAAAUAUUUAAACUAUUUAA